UGAGGAUGUGGCCAUCAAAUUCACUCAGGAGGAGUGGGAAUUCCUGGACCCUGCUCAGAGGGCCUUGUACAGGGAUGUGAUGCUGGAGACCUACAGGAACCUGCUGUCUGUGGACCUCUGAAGACUUGUGUUGCCUGAGGAAGCCCUGAAGUUGAGGAAGAGGAAAGAAAAGGAGUCAGGCAUGGCUCUUUCUCCGGAACAACUAACCUCUGAGGAUGUGGCCAUUGAAUUCACUCAGGAGGAGUGGGAAUUCCUGGACCCUGCUCAGAGGGCCUUGUACAGGGAUGUGAUGCUGGAGACCUACAGGAACCUGCUGUCUGUGGAUAUCUCUCCUACACAUGUGAUCAAGCAUUUAGAACCCAAAGUGAACAGUGAUAAACGAGAGCCACUCCAAACAUUGAUGCUGGGAAGACCUGAAAGCUAUGAAAUCAAACAUUUUCAUCUUUGGGAAACUCAGGAAAAUAUGUGUGACUUUGAGUGUCAGGGGAGAGAUGACAAAAGAAAUUACAAAGGAACACCUGUAAGCCUUGAUGGAAAUGUGCCUGAUGGAAGAGAUUCACAUGAUAGAAAGGAUGCAGGAAUCACGCCCUUUGGAAACAGGCUUGGGUUUAACUUUCAGGAUAAACUGCAGAUACUUCAAACUGGCGGGAUAACUUCUGAAUAUAAUGAAGUUGAGAGGUCUGUCAACAACAGUUUCUCAUUUUCACCACUUCAAAGAAGUCCCCCUUGUGUCCAAACCAGUGUUUCUAAUAUAUAUGGGGAUGAUUUUAUGAAUCCUUCAGUGAUAACACAAGACCUCAAAGCACACAGGGUAAAACCUUACAAAUGUGACGAGUGUGGGAAAGCCUGUCUUAAGGGCUCAUGCCUCAUUAAACAUCAGGCCAUCCAUAUAAGAGAGGAAUCACAUAAAUGUGAAGUAUGUGACAAAUUGUUUGAUCAAAGUUCACAGCUUGCACAUCAUUUGAAAAUUCAUUCUGAAGUGAAAUGUUACAAAUGUAAUGAGUGUGGCAAAACCUUUAAUGAUAGCUCCACCCUUGCUAGACAUCAGAUAAUCCACUCAGGAGCAAACUUACAUAAGUGUGAUGUAUGUGAUAAAAUCUUUGGUCAGAAUUCAUUCCUUGUAAGUCAUCGGACUAUCCCUGCAAGAAAGAGAAGUUGCCAAUGUAAUGAGUGUGGCAAAACCUUUGCUGACAGCUCAAAGCUCAGGAGACAUCAGAAAAUUCAUACAGGAGAGAAAUUAUUUAAAUGUGAUAUAUGUGACAAAGUCUUCAGCCAAAAUGCAUACCUUGCUGUUCAUCAGAGGGUUCAUACUGGAGAGAAACCUUACAAAUGUAAUGUGUGUGGCAAGCACUAUAGUCACUCUUCACAGUUCAGAAGGCAUAAGAGAUUUCAUACUGGAGAGAGACCUUACAAAUGUGAUGAGUGUGGAAAGACCUAUCGUGUAAAGUCAGUCCUUUUAAGUCAUCAGACCGUUCAUACUGGAGAGAAACCUUACAAUUGUGAUGAGUGUGGUAAGGCCUUUCGUGUAAAGUCAGUCCUUUUAAGGCAUCAGACACUUCAUACUGGUGAGAAACCUUACAAAUGUGAUGAGUGUGGCAAGGCUUUUUGUGUAAAGUCAGUCCUUUUAAAUGAUCAGACAGUUCAUACUGGUGAGAAACCUUACAAAUGUGAUGAGUGUGGCAAGGCUUUUCGUGUAAAGUCAGUCCUUUUAAGUCAUCAGACAGUUCAUACUGGUGAGAAACCUUACAGAUGUGAUGAGUGUGGCAAGACCUUUACUUCCAGCUCACACCUCAGGAGACAUCAGAAAAUUCAUACAGGAAAGAAAUUAUUUAAAUGUGAUAUAUGUGACAAAGUCUUUAGCCGAAGUGAUCACCUUGCUGGUCAUCAACGGGUUCAUUCUGGGGAGAAACCUUACAAAUAUAAUGAGUGUGGCAAGCACUUUAGUCAACCAUCACAGUUCAUAAGUCAUAAGAGAUUUCAUACUGGAGAGAAACCUUACAAGUGUGAUGAGUGUGGCAAGGCCUUUCAUGUAAAGUCAACCCUUUUAAGGCAUCAGACAGUUCAUACUGGAGAAAAACCUUACAAAUGUGAUGAGUGUGGCAAAGCCUUUCGUGUAAAGUUAACCCUUUUAAGUCAUCAGACAGUUCAUACUGGUGAGAAACCUUACAAAUGUGAUGAGUGUGGAAAAGUCUUCGGUCAAAAACCACAUCUUCGCCUUCAUUGGAGAACUCAUACUGGAGAGAGACCUUAUAGAUGUAAUGAGUGUGGCAAGUUCUUCAGUCGAAAUUCACACCUUACAAGUCAUCGGAGAAUACAUAUAGAGAAACCUUUCAAAUGUUUCGAGUGUGGAAAAUCCUUCACUCAGGUCUCAACACUCACUAAACAUCAGAAAAUCCAUACAUGAGAGAAACUUAUGUGAAUGUGGUAUAUGGUAGAAGUCUUCAAAAUUCAAAGUUCAAACUUCACACCCUACUUUUGGUCAGAGAACUCAUACUACUGAAGAACCAUACAAAUAUGAUGAAUGUGGCAACCUCUUAGGCUUCAUGAGAAAAUUCAUACUGGAUAGAAGCCAGAUAUAUAUGUGUUUAUUAGUCAGGUCUUUAGAACAUGAAUUCAUGCUAGAAAGAUUCCUCACCAGUUUCACAAAUGUGAGAAAAAAAAAAAACCCUAUCCUCACAGCUCACAUCUUGCCAGUAGUAUCAGAGUAUUUAUCCUGGAGAAAACACACAGCAAUGUAAUGUGUGUGGCAAGGAUCUUACCCAGAAGUCACAAGACAGGAACAUAAUGGAGCCAUACUUCCCAGACUCAGUGGUGUGGCAAAUCCUUUACCUUUUUCACUUUAUGUAUUCUCUGAUGACUUUAGUUCAGGUAGUCAGCAACUGUAAUAAGUCCAUAUUUGCAGAGAAGCUAUAGAGAUCUUUUCGUGUAAAAGAAACCCGAAUUUUAACUCCACAAAGAUGAUUCUUUGGGACAGUAGUCCACCAUCUUUUUGGUCUCCUGGCUUUCUGAAUAAAGUCAAUAUUCCCUGCCCAACAA